ACGUACGUUCGUACGUUCCGUGUUUGCGCGCGUGCGCCCUGCCUUCAAUGCUGGGGACUGGUUGCUUGGCUGGGGUAGUACUUGUUACAGGAAUGUGUGUGUGAUCAUCCGAAAUCUCAGCAUGUCAAACUGCUUAGGAAAUUUCCUGAAAGUUGCAAGCACUCAUCUUCUACAUUCAAGGUUGUGCCAGCAGUUAAUAAGAAAUAAAAGGAGGUUUUUUGGAACUGCGCCAACAUCCAGAUUGCAUAGGCGGGUUGUCAUUACAGGGAUUGGCUUCGUCACUCCUCUUGGUGUUGGAACUCAGAUAGUAUGGGAUCGUCUUCUCCAGGGAGAGAGUGGAAUUGUUUCACUGGUUGGUGAAGAGUAUAAAAAUAUCCCUUGCAGUGUUGCUGCUUAUGUGCCAAGAGGUUUUGAUGAAGGUCAGUUCAAUGAGCAAAACUUUGUGUCCAAGUCAGAUGUCAAAUCCAUGUCUUCUCCCACCAUCAUGGCCAUUGGGGCAGCAGAAUUAGCCCUGAAAGAUUCUGGCUGGCAUCCUCAGACAGAAGGUGAUCAAGUGACUACGGGUGUUGCAAUCGGGAUGGGAAUGAUUCCUCUUGAAAUUGUUUCUGAAACUGCUUUGAUGUUUCAGACAAAAGGGUACAAUAAAGUCAGUCCAUUUUUUGUCCCUAAAAUCCUGACUAAUAUGGCAGCAGGCCAGGUCAGUAUUCGACACAAAUUCAAGGGCCCUAAUCAUGCUGUAUCCACGGCCUGUACCACAGGAGCUCAUGCUGUGGGAGACUCUUUCAGAUUUAUAGCCCAUGGAGAUGCUGAUGUGAUGGUGGCUGGAGGUACAGAUUCUUGCAUUAGUCCUUUAUCGCUUGCUGGGUUUUCCAGAGCCCGAGCUCUGAGCACAAACCCAGAUCCUAAGGUGGCAUGUCGACCGUUUCAUCCAAAGAGAGAUGGUUUUGUAAUGGGAGAAGGUGCAGCUGUGCUGGUGCUGGAAGAAUAUGAACAUGCUGUUAAAAGAAGGGCCCGGAUCUAUGCAGAAGUUCUGGGCUAUGGACUCUCGGGUGACGCUGGUCACAUAACUGCCCCUGAUUCUGAAGGAGAAGGUGCCUUAAGAUGUAUGGCUGCUGCUCUGAGAGACGCGGGCGUCCAACCUGAAGAGAUAUCCUAUGUCAAUGCACAUGCUACUUCUACACCAUUGGGAGACGCUGCAGAAAACAAAGCUAUCAAGCAUCUCUUCAAAGACUACGCUUACACCCUUGCAGUUUCCUCAACAAAGGGAGCCACAGGACACCUGCUGGGUGCUGCAGGCGUGGUCGAAGCAGCUUUCACUGCACUAGCUUGUUAUUAUCAAAAACUGCCACCUACUUUAAACCUAGAUUGUACAGAACCAGAAUUUGAUCUCAAUUAUGUUCCACUAAAGGCACAAGAAUGGAAAACUGAUAAAAGGUGUAUUGGACUCACCAAUUCCUUUGGUUUUGGUGGUACAAAUGCAACACUUUGUAUUGCUGGCAUGUAGGACAAGUUGUGUAUAAUACUGGCUUUUAACUUGUAAUUAUAGAAAUUAUAUAUAAAUAUAUAUAGUUACAUUAACAUUACUGAAAUACCUUUUAUCUAUAUUAAGGUUUCUCAAUCUUGGGACUCUUGGUAUUGCCAUGAGAUAGUUCCUUGUUGGAUAAAGGAGGGCUAUCUUGUGCAUUGUAAGAUGUGUAACAACAUCUUGGUCUCGUCCUACUAGGUUGCAGUAACCGCUCCUUCCCUAAUCAUGACAACUAGAACUAUCUAUAAAUAUUUCCACAUGUUUUCUGGAAGACAAAAUAGCCCACCCAUGAGAACUGUUGAUCUGUUAUCCUAAUAAACUCCCCAAGUUCUUGGUUUCCUAAAA